ACAAAGAAACAUAGAUCAAAGCUAUAUAAGUACACAUAAUUAACUCUUUGAAUCCGGUCAGAUCAGAAUCUGAUCAUGGACAAGGUGAUGAGAAUGUCAUCAGAGAAGGGAGUUGUGAUAUUCACCAAAAACUCGUGUUGUCUUUGCUACGCCGUGCAGAUCCUUUUCCGUGACCUUAGGGUUCAACCAACAAUCCACGAGAUCGACAACGACCCUGACUGCCGGGAGAUCGAGAAGGCCUUAGUCCGUCUUGGCUGCGCCAACGCAGUUCCUGCUGUUUUUGUAAGUGGUAAGCUGGUGGGUUCGACCAACGAAGUCAUGUCGCUUCACCUAAGUGGCUCUCUCGUUCCCUUGAUCAAGCCGUAUCAGUCAUUUCAUAACUAGAAAAUUAGUCGAUAUCCUUGAAAAAGGUAAUUGGUAUGAUAAUUAGAUAGUAAAUAAUGAUGGAACGAUCACACGUAAAUGUGUAUCAUGUUCUUAUAUCUAAGCUAAUUUUCAUAAUUUGUUUAGCUCGUGUCUAAGAAAUUAAUUAGCUAGCUUUGUAUUUCCAGCUUAAUUAAUCAGUGGAUGUACUGAUGUGUUAUCUAUUCUAGUGGAGAAAAAUUAUUUAUCAUAUGCUAUAUAUAUGCCUUUCGUUUUAA